UGGCCCAAAAAAUUUAAACUCCAGCUCACUGUAUUUAUCUUUGAAGAAUUGAAACAGCCCAAGCCACUGUGAAAUUUCUUGAAAACCCAUUGAGACACUGCGGUUUCCAUUUCUCCUCACCGCCGGCGACGAAUUCUUCCAGCUACGCAACGAUUUUACUUGAUUCUACAGGAAGAUGUAUGAUAAUCUUGGAGCACAACCUCGGGUGCCUGGGCCACCCAACACACAGGCAAAUCCUUUUGGGAAUGCAUUCUAUGGUGCAAGUUCAGGAUUCAUUAAAGGUGGACUGGGUGCUUAUGGAGAGAAAAUUUUAGGAUCGAGCUCUGAAUAUGUACAAAGCAAUAUCAGCAGAUACUUUUCUGACCCUCAAUACUAUUUCCAAGUUAAUGACCAUUAUGUGAAGAAUAAAUUGAAGGUUGUUCUUUUCCCGUUUCUGCACAGGGGCCAUUGGACAAGAAUCAGUGAACCAGUCGGUGGCAGGCUCUCCUACAAGCCCCCUAUUUAUGAUAUAAAUGCUCCAGACUUGUACAUUCCUUUCAUGGCAUUUGGUACAUAUGUGGUUCUUGCUGGCUUAUCAUUAGGUCUUCAUGGAAAGUUUAGCCCCGAAGCUCUAAACUGGCUGUUUGUCAAGGGGCUGGUAGGCUGGACUUUUCAAGUUGCUCUGCUGAAAAUGACAUUGUUCUCCUUGGGUAGUGGAGAGGCACCUUUGCUAGACAUCGUGGCAUAUGCCGGAUACACCUUCACGGGAUUGUCUCUAGCUGUCUUGGGAAAAAUAUUUUGGGGCUAUGCGUACUACUUUCUGUUGCCGUGGACGUGCCUGUGCAUGGGAGUUUUCUUGGUGAAGACAAUGAAGCGAGUUCUUUUUGCAGAAGUGAGGAGUUACGAUUCAAGCAGGCAUCAUUAUCUGCUGCUCUUCAUUGCCUUGGCGCAAUUUCCACUCCUCAUUUGGCUCGGCAACAUUAGUCUUAAUUGGCUCUUCUAAACUGUAUGCAUUUCAAGUUGCAGUGAAGGAAUUCAAAAUGUGACGGUCUGAAGAACUAGUUUUUGGCUAUCUCAUUAAUUUGUUCAUAGUCUUCUGAAUUGCUGUCCUUACAUUACAAUCUAAGCAGAUGUAUUUUCCAAUUUCCAGGAUAAUAUACAUGCUUUUAACACUAAA